AUGGAUAUUCCAACAACCUUUGCCAAUUUGCGAGUGCAGAAGGGUCGAAGACCAUGGGUUGAGUUUGAAGAUAUCCGUAUGUACUCGACCAAAGAUGUCAACGAGCUUCCAAACAACCAUAUUGGAGCUUUUAUGCUUCCUCUGGACUCUGUAUUGGCGGACCAGAGUAACGUCGAAAAACGACUCCGAGCCAUGUCGAAAGGAAGACAUGCUGCUGCAAAAUCAGCCCAAUUGCUUAAUUUCGGCUAUCGUGAAAAGGAAACGCCGAGUCGUUUGAACGAGUCCCGCUCGUAUCUGCGAAUCGGCAGCACAGUACUCGUUGUGGACGAAACGUUCAACUCCGAGGCCAUCCAUACCCAUAGCUGGAAUUUGUUCAUCGCAACCGAAUUUCACUUCCCAAGUACCGCUCUCAAAUCCACCCAGUACCUGCAAAUAUCAUCACCAACACUAAAGUACGGAGAAUCCCUAUUUAACAAGACCGGCGAGCCUUCCUUUGAGCACAUCCAGAUUAUCUCUGGAGUUUGCAUCUUCAACGGAGGUCUUUUGAUUACGAGUGUAUCGGAUCCAAGAAGCGGGAACAUUGACGUCGACCAACUCAGUCAUGCGGAACCUACCUUUCACGAGAUGGACUAUAUUUCUCGUUCAUCUACUGCCAUCGCAGAUAUAGUUGCAAUGACUAUCUCAAGGAUCCAAGAACAGCGUUCGUCGCGACGGUUGGCUAUCAAGCUAGACAUUCCGAGCUGGCAUUACUAUCACUCAGCCGUUGCAGUUUUCGCACAAGGAAAAUGCUCUGCUAUCGAGGCUCUAAAAUGGAUGGAUGCUGUUGAUCGACGACAUGACCAAAUUGGGCAGGUUUUCACGGAAUCAGUCGAACAUGAGCUGCGAAAGCGAGGCAUCAAUGACCGCUCCAGCUAUGAGAUUCACACUUCUUCAAGAACUGAAUUGGCCGCCCUCUUGAUUAAAAGAUCCAUGAGUGAAGGGAAAGAACCUUGUGUGGAGACUAUUCUUGAACACAUGGAUGCCGAGCAGGAUGGUUGUUGGAGAGAAUUCUAUCAACGUAUCUCAGUCACAGAGAGACCAAAAGACCUUAGACAGCUGGGCUAUCUUUACUAUGUUUUUGAGGUGGUCCGUCCUGCUCUCAUGGAGUUACACACCCCAACGACCACCCUCCUGGCUGAGAGUAAAAGCAACAGGAUUUUGACAUUGAAAAAGUCGAAGGCGACACCAAGGCCCCGUCGACUGAUUAUCAACAUUGAUGAUCCCGCAGAGCGCCGCAUCUACUCCAGAGCGCAGGAAACACUGAGAAGAAUCCGACAGUCGGCAGAUAAAGCCGACUCGAUGUUGGUGGAAGCGUACAUUUGCAGGAAGGUAUUGGUCAACGGGAAUCUAAAUAGAGCACGUUUGUACCAUGAAGACCCAAUGCCCGAGGCUGUAAUGCUCUCUGGUUCUGACUGCGAGACUAUCCGGCCGUUGGAUAUUGUGCGUCGACUCCAUGGAACGAAAUAUGCCCAUGAUCUACAACGACGGUUCAACAAGGUGGGAUUCUCAGUAUAG